CGGAAUAAACGGACUUAGCCUACUGACUUAAGACCAGGUGUGUAACGUCCUCUUUAUUCUUAUCGCAGACGAUGCCCGCACGCGCUCUCAAUUUUGGUGCAGGUCCUUCGGCGUUGCCGGAAUCCGUGCUAAAGCAGGCUGGCGAGGGCCUCCUGAACUUUCAGGACACAGGCAUUGGCAUCGCAGAGAUCUCGCACCGUUCGAAGGAGUUCAAGACUUAUCUCCAAGGUGUCGAGUCCGACAUCAGGAAGCUACUCAAGGUCCCAAACAGUCAUGCGAUCCUCUUCACUCAGGGAGGAGGAUCAGCACAGUUCUCUGCUGUCGUAUUGAAUAUGCUAGCUAGACAUCAUGAACGGUACCCCGUACUCGAACCGGAGCAGCGAGUGAUGGACUACGUAAUCACAGGAUCGUGGAGCGACAAAGCAACCAAGGAGGCAAGAAGGCUCGGGGGUGGCACAGUCAAUGUCGUCGCCGAUUCCAGAAAGUUCUCUGCUCAAGGGAAAUUCGACAACAUACCCAGUCACAAAAAUGAUGCCUACAAGUUCUCGAAGAACCCCGUCCUCAUUUACUACUGUGCCAACGAAACUGUCGAUGGGGUCGAGUUUGCCCGCGAGGAAGGCAAUGAGACUUCGUUCCCCUUCCACCUCCUUCCUGAGGAUUCCCCUCUGGUCGGGGACUACUCCUCCUCCUUCAUGUCACACCCUAUUCCUCGUUUACAAAACCACGCGAUUAUCUAUGCUGGGGUCCAGAAGAACCUCGGUCCAGCAGGAUUGACGGUGCUCAUCGUCAGAAAGGACUGCAUCGUUGAUGUCGACAAAGCCGCCCAGAACGGUGCUAUACCCAUUCCAUUAUGCACUGCAUAUCGGACACUAGCCGACCACCAAAGCCUGUAUAACACGCCCCCCGUAUUGUCGAUCUAUAUCAGUGGACUCGUUCUUAGGCAAAUGAUGUUGGAGUUUGGGGAAGACGCAAUGGAGAAGUACGCCGCGCUUUCGGCAAGCAAGUCUGCCAAGGUAUACGAUGCACUAAAGAGAGGAGAACAGAAGGGUGUCUUCAAAAGCAAAGUUAGGGAUGACUCUGGCAGUCAGAUGAACGUCGUUUUCGACGUCGUUGGUGAGGGCAAAUUAGACCAGUUUAUUGCUGGUACCGAGGCACGGAAUAUGAAAGGGCUGCGUGGGCAUCGAUCUGUCGGAGGUAGGUCAACCCUGUGUUUCCAUCCUACUUGGUGGGCUAACGCGUUGGCAGGUGUUCGAACACUGGUGGAUUAUAUGAUUGAGUUUGUCGAAGCGGAGAGCGCCGUGGCACAAUAGAUGUAAUAUUUGUCCCUUGCACUUGAGAGCAGAAUGUAUGGGGAACCCAUGAAGUCUAUAUGUGGGACAGGUUUGCUCAGGAGUUUCAAGUCACUUUGCCGG